UUAGCGCUAUUUAUUGGCCAGAAUCGUCAUCUUUGUCAAACGGUCUCAAGUGACUGAACUCGUUGAAAGCUUCGUAGCCAAAGGAACGCCCGAAGAGCUGCCUUUCUUCUACCGUAGACUUGCGACGUUUUGUGUGAACACCGUGCACGUGUUGUUAAUCUCGUUUCGCCAGUAACACAGACACAAGCCUAGUGCAUCCUAUUUGGGGGAUCGUGUGUCGGGCCUCUUGAAAGAAGAAAUGAAAGACGUGGUUUAGCAGCUAUGGCGCGAAUGCGCGUUUCGUCCGUGGAAUGGUAUCCUUGAAACCAAAAUGGCAACGGAAGGCAACUCAAGUCGACAUCGGUCACAUCAAAGUCCGUCGCCUCGGUCACAUCAAAGUCCGUCGCCUCGGUCGCCUCGGUCGCCGAGGAGCCCCGAGGCCGAAGAGGUCAAGCCAGGACAUCAGGACCAGCAUGGUCAGGAAGAAGAACGCAGGCAUGCUCAACAGCAGCAACAGAGUAACCCGCAACAGGAGACACAACACCCGACCACCACUAAGUCACCAGACCACACUGUUCAGUCACCAGACCACACUGUGGUUCCAGACAGUGAUUUGAAGUGCGGAUGGAAGACCUUCAAUCCACGGUUCUUGCAAGGUUUCAUGACGCCACAAUGGGUUUUGACAUCUUUUUGCGUGGCCUCCUUCAUUCAGGGCAUGGUGAUCAGCGGCUUCGUGAACGUAGCGUUACCCGUCUUGGAGCGACGCUUUCAACUUCGCAGUGUAGAAGUUGGUCUUAUUGUGUCCAUGUACAACGUCGGUUCGCUGCUGCUUAUGUCACCGGUUACUUAUUUUGGUGGAAGUGGACACAAGCCGAAAAUCAUGGCCAUUGGAACAGCCUGCAUGGGUAUUGGAUCACUCAUAUUUGCCAUACCGCACUUCAUAGCGCCGCAGUACAAGUUCAGCAAAGAGAUUAAAGACACCUGUCCCUACGAACGGGGUGAAGACGUGCCUCUGGACAGCAGCGUUCGAAACUAUCGUUUUCUCCUCAUGUUUGCUAACAUGGUUCACGGUUGCUCUACUGUGCCAUUCUACACUCUUGCCAUCGCUUUUAUGGACGACAAUCUCCCGACGAGGAAAUCAUCGAGGUAUAUUGGGACUUACUACACACUGGCUAUUAUUGGGCCAGCAGUUGGUUUCAUCCUUGGCGGAUAUCUGCUGAACAUAUACACGGAUAUCACUGUAGAUCCCAGAAGCCUAGGCUUAACGCCUUCGAGCAGUGUAUGGAUUGGUGCCUGGUGGCUAGGUUUCGUCAUAGCUGGGGUGAUGGCCUUUUGUGCCAGUAUUCCCAUUGCUGCGUUUCCCAAGACUUUACCAGGUACUUCACACCUCGCUUCGCAGAAACGAAUCGAAGUAGACACUCGGCUACUAGCACAAGAAUUGAUUAACAAGGAGACGAUGUCUAAAGCUCACGACAUUCCCAAGUCCGUCAAGCGCCUGUUGCAAAACUAUACUUUUGUCUUCAUCAGUCUUGCAGCAACAGUUGAGACGAUGAUUGGAUCUGGUUUAUCGAACUUUGGGACCAAGUUAUUCGAAAGUCAGUUUGGAAUGUCGGCGUCCAGCGCCGGUGGGCUAAUAGGACUGAUCGCCAUUCCAAGUGCAUGUCUUGGCACCUUUCUUGGAGGCUACGUCAUAUCGAAGCUGGACUUAAGCUGCUCCAGCAUAAUUCGAAUGUGCGUUUAUGUCUCCCUAGGCACGUGGCUGGUCUUCCUCGGGUUCUUGGGCUACUGUCCCAACUUGGACUAUGCCGGCACUCUUGACGAUAAAGGCAUGAAAGUGCCGAUCAGCCUGAACUGUAGCGCAAACUGCUCCUGCCCGUUCGAGUUCAAUCCGGUCUGCGGAAAGGAUAAGAAAAUGUACUUCUCGCCAUGCAUAGCUGGAUGCAGGAGGGGAAUCAUCAUGAACAACGUGAACGUAUAUACAGACUGCGACUGCAUAAACUUGGGUACGCACACUGAUAAUGCUACUUUCAUCGUCGAAGCGGAGAGGGUCAAAUGCAGUACGGAGUGCUUCAUAUUCGUCCUGUACAUUGGGGCUGUAUUCACAGCCUUGUUUUGUACGUUUUAUAUUAGCGCCCCUGGGAUUAGUGCUACCAUGAGAUGUGUCACAGCUCAGCAGAAGUCUUUCGCCCUUGGCUUACAAUGGACGUGCAUUCGGCUCUUGGGCACUAUACCGGCUCCUGUGAUAUUCGGCAAGGCCAUGGACUUAGCAUGCACCAUGUGGUCCGGGCAAGAAACGAAAGUAACCGGCAACUGCCUCUUGUACGACAACCGUUCAAUGUCAAUUAACCUGUCGAUACUACUGCUAUCGCUGAAAGCCACCUCUGUUAUGCUGUUCGUUUGUGCCAAUCUGAGCUACAAGCCACCUGAUCCCACGCCACCUUUCUCGUCAGUGAGACACGUCAAAAACGCGGAGCCCGGUCAGGGAAACGUCGUCAUUGUUCACGGAGCGGCGCCACCUAGCCCUUGAGGUACGCCAGCAGAAAUGCUGACAGUGCCUCCUGCAUCCUCGCGCUACGUACUUCCAGUUGCCUUCAGGUUUCCGAGACUGCAACUUGAUCAGUUUGCACCUUGGAUUUCCGGUGUACUUUGUUUUACUCUUACCAGGACCCUUCGCGGGGACAAAGGACCUCAUCGUGAAGACAACGACCAUGUGCACCUGUCAUCUCUGAGAAAACCGACAGCCCUUUUUCGAAUAUACAAAUAUAAAUGUUUUCACUUGC